UCCAGCAACCGUUGUUUUGCAACAUCAGCAAUGUCACCGACAAGUGUUUGUGUUUCAGUGUAGAGCUGGGGACAUUCUUGGUUCCCCGGCUUGCAACCGUCGAUGGUCGACGUCGAUCUUGAGUUCGUCGACAACUCGGUGCCGGUGCAGAGGUCAGUUGGGUGUGAGCGCGCCUAGGUUCGGAGCAGACAACCCCCCGGCUCGCUGGCGGGAUCAUCACAACAAGAACCCCGAGGACUUGCCCUGAGUUUCGAGCCCUUGCCUCUGCGCUGUAACAAGAUGAUACGGGUUUCGCUCGUUUUUGCCCUUUUCGGCGUCGCGGCUUCGCAAGACUUCCCCGGAGACUCGGAGCGACUAGUGCAUCUGAGCAUCGCAUACCGCCAUGGCGACCGAGCGCCCGUGUCGUUGUACCCGAAAGACGCCAAUAAAGAAUCGUUCUGGAAAAGAGGCUUGGGUGAAUUGACUAAGGAGGGAUGUCGGAUGCACUACAAGAUGGGCAGUUUUCUAAAGGCCCACUACUCGAAUUUCAUAACCGGCGAUCCCAAAGAGAUCCAUGUCCAAAGUUCUGAUAAGAACCGAUGUCUGGACUCAGCGUCUUGUCACUUGGCUGGAAUGUACAGACCCGCACCAGAGCAACGAUUCCUUGUUGGAUUGCCGUGGCAACCUGUGCCUGUGCAUACUAGACCGAAUGACGAAGACGGACUUCUGGCUCCAGGGAACAACAAUUGUCCUAACGCGGAUCGCGCCUACGAACUGCUCAAGACCACGCCUGAAGCAAAGCAGUCAAUCGAGAAGUACAAAUCACUGUACAGCAAUCUCUCAAGAUGGACUGGGGCGAACAUCACCGAUUGGGAGAGCGCUGGUCGCAUCUACGAUACUAUCAUGAUCGAGCGACUUUACGGUCUGAAUGUUCCUCAAUGGGCGAUCGACUCCUAUGACGAACUCGAAAAUCAGGAAGACUUGAGCUUCAUCUGGUAUGCGAAGUCACCAAUUCUCCAGCGACUUCGAGCAGGUCUAUUAGCCAAGGAAAUACUCAACAACAUGCUGCUGUCGGUGACGAAGAAUUCAAACGAUGUCCGCAUUCACAUGUAUUCUACGCACGACACCGAGAUCGCUUCACUUCUCCAACUGUUCGACGUUUUUGACGGGAAAGCUCCGAGGUAUUGCGCGACCGUACUCGUGGAGCUCUGGCAGGACGUCUCCGGUGGCAACUACUCCGUCAAGAUCUACUAUUCAAAUUACUUUAGCAUGAAUGCUCGAUUGGUUCUGAGCAUGCCCCUAGGCGAUUUUGAAGCGCGCAUCUCCAGCAAGCUCCCCGAGGAUUGGGCCUUGGAAUGCGGACGGAGUCAAUCGAAAGUCGCAGCCUCCGAUCUACGCUUCCCAACCUUCAAGAACCGAGGUCAGUGAGGAGUUGGAGCUGUGUUCUGAGGAGUCUGAGAGUGGGAAGUACAGCUGUACACUCCCGUGAACUCAUUUCAUGGCCCUUCCGGUGUGAAUGGUUUUUGUGUGAGGGGAUAUUUGUGGGAAAGCUCAAUAGAGUGAAAAGGAGGUUGUAAGAGCAAAACGCACUGUCGUAUCUGGUCAGUAAGUCGAGAAUAUGAAUAAAUGCGAUCCCGAUGGAUCGAUG